AGGGGACAGUGACACGUUUCAAGCAAUUUUAAUGGGAAUAUCGUCGUCUCAUGCCUCAUGGUGGUGCAUCUCUGAAGACGCUGAUCUUGCCGCAUCAUUAUAACCCCAUCUAAAGGUCUCUCCCGCUUGUCUAUAUCGUCUGCUUCACCGUGAGCCCUCUCGACCGUCAAUCUUACACGUCAUCAUCAAUAUGCAGCUACGAUGGCACGUCUGGCCUAUGCCAAUCAGGCUCGCAUUGUGCUCACUCUGCAUGGCUCUCCUGCUGUAUCAUCUUGCUGGAGCGCCUACGAGGUCAAAGGAAAAGUCAAUCGGUACAUCUGAAACAAAGGUUUCGAACAAGGAACAACCUCCGAUUGAGGGCGCUGCGCCUACAUCGACAGGCCAAAAUGAAUUUAUUUCUCGGUUUUACACGAAUGAAUCUGAGCGCGGAUGCUACGAUAUGAUUCUAGUCAUUGAAUCAUUCGCUCCGCGUCAGGUGGAUCCAGCGACCUGCGGUAAUGCAGCAGCCCUCGAUAAACAUAAGAAAAAAUGCGAAAAAAAGUGCAAGAAUGCCGCAGAAAAAUACAAGAAAGCGUUCUUUUCUUCGGCAAGGACUCAGCAAUUUUUGAUGCGUCACUCAUGUAUACAAAGCGACAAGCUUACAGCGGUCAUCCAAGACGACGCAUUUUUGCAAUCAAUCGACUACAACUCCUGUACAGUUACUUGUGCCUGUCAGAUAUCCAACCAACUCAGAAUCAGAAUGCCUCUGAUCCAGUCAGGUGGCGACAGGUAUGUUGUGACUCCGUUCAGGAGCGAGAGUUCCUGGAUAGAGAGUCGAGACAAACCGAUGGAAAUUGGAGGGAUACCCACAUGUCAUCCAGAAGAAAUGGUUCGGCGCUGGUCACUAUCAGGGUUCAAGACGCCGGACUUUCCUGAUUGGAAGAGCACGUACGAAUCAUCGAACUGAACCUACCUUGCAAUCUUAUACACUGGGGUUUGACGUGCUACUGUUCGAACCUUGCGAAGGCAUUUGGUGAUUCUCGAAAGCACAAAUUCAGGCCUUUGUUCUGCGGAGAGAGACCUGUACUCGAAAAACAUCCAUCACAACGUGCGAGAGAGUCG